AUGUCCUUCGAAGCCGUAAUGCCCCCCUACAACGCCUCCGACCCAACCGCCCGCUUCCUCUCCUCCUCCUGCUUCGACUUCCUCCUCAUCGAGCUUGUGCCCAUGGCUUAUCGGGUGGCUAACGAUUUGGAGGCGGCUGCGUUGGCGAGGGAACGGGCUGGGUUUUCUGGGGACGGAGAUGGGGAUGGGGACGAAAGUGAGGAGAGCGAGAGUGGUAGUGGGAGUAGUGAGGAGGGUGAUGAAGAGAGUGAUAAGGCGAGGGGGGGGAUAGGGUCGGAGACGAGGGGGGCUUCUGGGUUGGGGUCGGGGGAUGUGGCGGAUGAUCGGGAGGAGAGGGAGGCGGCGCUUUGUCGGUUGGAGGCGAUUGGGUAUCGGGUUGGGCAAGGGCUUGUUGAGAGGUUCUCCCGCGAGAGGCCACGGUUCAAUGAUACUCUGGACGUGAUCAAGUUCAUAUGUAAGGACCUAUGGACACUGGUCUUCCGGAAACAGGUGGAUAACCUCAAAACCAACCACAGAGGAGUCUAUGUCCUCACAGACAACGCCUUCCGCCCCUUCUCACGCAUGAGCGCGCAAUCAAGUAGCCAAGCAGUCAUUGGCGCCCAGCCGUUCCUCCGUCUCCCCUGCGGUAUCGUCCGCGGCGCGCUGGCCGGGCUCGGCAUCUCGGCGACCGUCCAAGCCGAGACGACGGAGUUACCGAGCGCCAUUUUCCAGAUCAAGACGGUGUCGGCUAAGACGUGA